AUGGCGGUAAGGGCUACGCGCAGCCGUAGACAGCUCGUAGCCCGCGCGGGGUGCUACGCGGGGUGCUACGCGAUCGACAGACGCUACGACGGACCUGCUACGCCUAGGAACAGAAAUGGGUUGCAAGCUGCGAAGGAGAAGGCUUCUGGUCUGUUCGCCAACAAACCCCUUCUGUUCAAAAAUAGUCAAUAUGAAAAUUUCCAUGUUGAACAGAAGGGUUACGAUCAGAUGUACGAUGGCGAGGACCUUGAAACACCUCCAUCUCCAGAGAGACCACCUCCUCGGCAAAUAGAUAAGUACGUGAAGGCUGAAUGUCCAUGUCUGAGUGCCCGGUACACGGUGGCUCUGCUGGCCUGCUUUGGAUUCAGUAUCAUGUUCGGAAUGAGAUGCAACAUGAGCAUGGCCAAGUUGAAGAUGAUGGAGAAACAAAACACGUCAUCUGGAGUGGUCGAAGAUACGCCAUUUAAUUGGACAGUUGAAGUUGAAUCAUCCAUCGAUUCAUCCUACUUCGCCGGUUAUCUGAUCACUCAAGUGCCCGGUGGUUUCUUGGCCUCUAUGUACCCGGCAAAUAAGAUUUUCGGCGCCGCGAUAGUUGCUUCCGCAAUAUUUAACAUGGCUAUCCCAGGAGCGAUGUCUAUAGGUCCUGUUGCUGUUGUUUUCUUGAAAGUAGCUCAGGGCUUCGUUGAAGGUGUAACUUAUCCUUCGUGCCACGGUAUCUGGCGAAUGUGGGCUCCACCUCUAGAACGAUCUCGUUUGGCUACCUUGGCAUUUUGUGGGACUUAUGCUGGCAUUGUUAUUGGCAUGCCACUAUCAGGUCUACUCACCGAUUAUAUUUCUUGGCAGACUCCCUUUUACUUUUAUGGAAUAUCUGGUGUUAUCUGGUAUUUUAUGUGGCUUUGGUUAGUGUUUGAGAGGCCAAGCAAACAUCCUCAUAUAUCGGGCAAGGAACUAACGUAUAUUGAACAAUCUCUUGGAACACAGUCGCAAGCUGCUAUGCCUGGUUUUUGGAAUACCCCUUGGAAGGAAUUUGCUACUUCAAAACCUGUGUAUGCUAUAAUAGUGGCUAAUUUCUGCAGAACGUGGAAUUUUUGUUUACUCGUCAUCUUCCAAUCUGCAUAUUUUAAAACCAGAUUUAAUAUGCAGAUAACUGAGUCUGGAUUCGUCGGAGCUAUACCUCAUUUGAUUAUGACGUCAUUGGUACCAAUUGGAGGAAUGAUGGCUGAUUACUUGCGAAAAAACAAUAUAAUGUCCACGACUAAUGUGCGGAAACUAUUCAACUGCGGCGGUUUUGGUCUCGAAGCCUUCUUCUUCGUUCUCAUUGCGUAUGCUGAUAAUAAGUACAUAGCUACGAUAGAGAUGACCUUGGGCGUGGCCUGCAGUGGUUUUGCUAUAUCUGGUUAUAAUGUCAAUCAUCUUGACAUCGCUCCACGGUAUGCCUCCAUCCUUAUGGGUCUGUCCAACGGUAUUGGUACUAUUGCUGGCUUCAUCGUUCCGAUCGUCAUCGAUAACAUUACAAAGGAAAAGGAUAAACCUGACAAAGCUAUAUCGGAAUGGCGGACUGUGUUUCUUAUGGGGGCAACUGUACAUUUUAUCGGCAUCACCAUAUAUGGUUUCUUUGCUUCCGGAGAAUUGCAACCUUGGGCUGAACCAGCGCCCGCUUACGAAGCUCCUCUAAAGCCUUUAGAUCAGGAGACUACCUUUACGGAGAACACAUCAGCUCUUAAAGGUUCAGAGCCGCCUGCUUAUGGAGCGAUUGCACCACCUCGUCCUCCUGCGCCCCAGGCCCAUGUUCCCAACAAUCCUUUCGUUUCUGGAGCACUGUACCAGGCCGAGCCAAUCCAGCCUCCCGCACAAGAUUACCAGGAUCUCACCGACGACGGCACCUAUUAA